CGCGUCUCUGCGGCGCCGGAAGCGGCGCGGCCCCGCCGGUGCUGAGGGGCUGCGGCGGCGCCCAGCCGGGCUCGGCCCAGCCCCGCUCACCGCCUGCCGGCACUCACCGGAGCCCCGAUGGACACACGAGCGGAGCUGAGCGCAUCCUGACCCUCACCCCAUGCGGCCCUUGUGACUAUGGACGAGUGGAAGCACAACCCCAUCAUCAAGUCCCACAAGAAGCGGAGCUGGUACCUGGCCUGGAAGUACAAGCUGAUGAACCAGCGGGCGCUGAGGAAGCUGUGCCAGACAGGUGCUGUCCUCUUCUUGCUUGUAACUGUGAUUGUGAACAUCAAGCUGAUCUUGGACACCAGGAGAGCUGCUUAUGAGGAGGAAGAGGAGUCUGCACAGGACUAUGAUGAUGAGAUGCUGAAUGUGGAGGCCCCUAGGCACCCUGUGAGCAACAAGAAGGUCUUGGAUGUUGAGGUGUACUCCAGCCGAUCAAAGGUCUACGUUGCUGUGGAUGGGACAACAGUCCUGGAAGAUGAGGCUCGGGAGCAAGGAAGAGGGAUCCAUGUCAUUGUCUUAAAUCAGGCUACGGGUCAUGUGAUGGCCAAGAGGGUCUUUGACACCUAUUCUCCUCAUGAAGAUGAAGCUAUGGUACUUUUCCUCAAUAUGGUUGCCCGGGGCCGGAUCCUGAUCUUCACCAUUAAGGAUGAAGGCUCUUUUCACCUCAAGGACACAGCCAAGAAUGUCCUGAAAAGCCUGGGGAGCCAAGUUGCACCAUUCUUAAGCUGGAGAGACAUGUGGACAUUUGUGGGGAAGAAGGGAGGGGAAGUAUACGGAGAGAAGCAUGCCAAGUCACCUGCCCUCUCAACAUGGGGUGACCCUGUACUACUAAAGACAGAAGUUCAUCUGACAUCUGUGGAAGAUGCUGAGUGUCACUGGCCUGAUACAGAGCUGAACCGCCGCCGGAGAAGAUUCUGCAGCAAAGUGGAAGGUUAUGGCAGCGUCUGCAGCUGCAAAGACCCCACGCCCAUUGAGUUCAACCCUGAUCCUCUCAAAGACAAUAAAGUCUUCGAUGUGCCUGUAGCUGUUAUUGCAGGGAACCGCCCCAACUACCUGUACAGGAUGCUGCGUUCCUUGCUGUCAGCUCAGGGCGUCAAUCCUCAGAUGAUCACUGUCUUCAUCGAUGGGUACUAUGAGGAGCCAAUGGAUGUUGUGGAGCUGUUUGGCCUCUCGGGAAUCCAGCACACUCCCAUCAGCAUUAAAAAUGCCAGAGUUUCUCAGCACUACAAAGCCAGUCUGACUGCAACCUUCAACCUGUUCCCAGAUGCCAAAUUUGCUGUGGUUCUGGAGGAAGAUCUUGACAUUUCUGUUGACUUCUUCAGCUUUCUGAGCCAGUCAAUACACCUGCUGGAGGAAGAUGAGAGCCUGUACUGCAUCUCAGCAUGGAAUGACCAGGGCUAUGAGCACACAGCUGAGGACCCCUCACUCUUGUACCGUGUGGAGACCAUGCCAGGCCUGGGCUGGGUUCUUCGGAAGAGCCUAUACAAGGAUGAGCUGGAACCAAAGUGGCCAACCCCAGAGAAGCUCUGGGACUGGGACAUGUGGAUGCGGAUGCCUGAGCAGAGGAAGGGCCGGGAGUGCAUCAUCCCUGACAUCUCGCGUUCCUACCACUUCGGCAUUGUGGGCCUCAACAUGAAUGGCUACUUUCAUGAAGCUUAUUUCAAAAAGCACAAGUUCAACACUGUUCCAAAUGUUCAGCUUAAAAAUGUGGAGAGCUUGAGGAAGGAUGCUUAUGAGGCUGAAAUUCAUCGGCUCCUGGGUGAGGCUGAAGUCUUGGACCACAGCAAGAACCCCUGUGAGGACUCCUUUGUGCCUGACACGGAGGGCAAGGUCUAUGUCAUGUUCAUCAAGAUGGAGCAGGAAGCAGAUUUCACCACCUGGACUCAGCUCGCCAAGUGCCUCCACAUCUGGGAUCUGGAUGUCCGUGGGAACCACAAGGGGCUGUGGCGGCUCUUCCGAAAGAAAAACCACUUCCUCGUGGUGGGGGUCCCUGCUUCCCCCUACUCGUCCAAGAAACCCCCAUCAGUGAUGCCAGUCUACAUGGAGCCCCCUGCCAAGGAGGAGGGGGCGGUGGCAGUACCAGCAGUUGCUGCAGCAGAGCAGACGUGAGGCUGGUAGCUGGGAAGUGAAUGGGGCUGGAGAAGACAGAGACACCCAUGGUGCAGAAACCGAGUUGGCAGCAGCUCUUGGAGGCUGGUGACUUAACAUGGACAUUUAUUUCAGGCUGCAGAAUGAGAUCUUGGGCUGCCUUCAGCCCCCUGUUGUGGUCUCCCUCUCCCUCGCAUGGGGGCAGAGUCCUUCCCUGUAGAUAUGCCACCUUCCCAUCCAAGGAACUUUUUUUUUUUAACACAGACUCUUUACUAAUGCUGCUCCCAUUGCUCCCUGGCUGGGCAAGGUUGGAGGAAGGAGAUGCUCGGCUGGGGGCUGGAGGAGGCUUUUAGAAACACCUCUGCUCCCCUUUUUUUGCCCCCAAAGUUCCAAGAAGGCAGCAUGCUCAUGUACAAGUGCUGCAGCCCUCUAGCUGGGUGUUAUUAACUCUUGCCCAGCUGGAUCCUUGCCCAGUGGUGAGCACAGUGGUAAAGAGGGGAUCUUCCAGCUCUUUUUUUUUUUUUUCCUCCCGUACAAUGGAUGCACCUUGAAGACUGUACUAGGUUGGACAUCUCACUCUGGACCACCACAGCUGAUGCAGCCUAGCUCAUAGUUAAAAGGGAACACUGAGGAUGAGCUGGAUUUGCUGUGGAAGCAUCGAGGAUACCCUGUCCCCAUCUGGAGGGCAGUCAGGUUCCCCUUUCCCUGCAGUUCUGGGAGCUGGAGAUGACUCGACGGAGGAGGACCAGGCUGUGUGGUGCUGCUCAGACUGCCCUCACCCACUUUCUCCAUGGGGAGCAGCUCUGCUUCCCAAGUCAUAGGAGUAGGGGAUGAAAGUGCCUUGUAGAGCGAGGUGGGAGCAGUGAGCGGGGAUCCCGCAGCUGCAGAGUCCAGUUGGACCUGGGCUCUUCAGCAGCUGGUACUGUAGAGAGAGGUGCUGCAUCCUGGCAUGCUCCUUGCCUGUGGUACUGUAGCCCUACCUCUCCCUCCUCCCCAUCUGGGUAACCCUAGCACUAACAGUGGAGCGGGAGCAUUUGUUCUCAAUCUCCACCCUUACUGUGGUACGAAGCUAGCAAGGAAGCUGUGAGCUGAGUCAGGAUGGGUAGCCUGGCUCUCCUAAGUUGGUACGCCCUCUGUGGAAAGGGAGGGGGUCCUAAUCUUCCUUCCUGUGCCUUAGGAAGCACCCCAGGCCCCCUCUCACCCCCAUCUACUUGGUACUAAUGCUCUCCUCCCAACUAGGACCUGUCUUAGUCCCUUGCUCAGUGCACCUUCCCAUCUCAUCUGUGCAGCGAGAGAUCAGUUCCCUGCCCAGGUCCUGCAUCCUCAGGCAUGGGUGCUCUGGCUUGUCCCUGUGAGCAGGGUUUGCUGCUCAGCCCUUUCCCUGUGGUCACAGAGAUUAAUGUAUGUGAGGGCUGUCCCCUAGGGUGCAGCACUCUGGGCCAGGAGCUCACCCUCUUCAUUUUCUCACUGUGAACUGAGCAUCAGGGUCUCCUGGGAGCACAAACCCCAGCACCUGCUGGGGUCUACACUACACUCAUUUCUUUAUUUAUUGCUUGUGGAAAAGGGAGGAUAGCAGGAAAGUAGUGUGGAGAGCCAGCAGCCCUCAGCCUGCAAGGAGGCAGUCCAGGAAGGUGUGUCUUGUUACCCUGGCUCCAUUUCCUUCACUUCCUUGCCCAGGAUAGGGAAAAUAAAUGUUGAACCCAGCAAAUCUGCUCCACCAGCAGUAGGGUCAGUGCUGCUGGACAUGCAGUGCCUGGGACAGGGCAGGUGCAGGAGAGGACUGCCAGGUGGCACAUCUGUCCUGAGGGUGCAGGGUGGUGGUGGCACCCUUCAGGCUUUGCGGUACCAGCCCUGGGGCUCAGGUUCAACCCUUCCCUGCUCUGCCACCCCCCAGUGCUGCACUUCUCAGGGGCUCUGGUGCGGCAACCCACAGGUGGUGGAUCGCCAGGCUUUUAUUUUUAUUUUGUAAGUAUUAAAAAAUAGGUCAUUUACUUGUUAUGGGAAAGGGACUUUGCCUCCUCAGUGGGAAAGCCAGUUGCUCCCCAGGGCACGGCUUUGGAGGAACCUCUGCGACUCUCUGCUGUGAUGCCCUUGGCAUCUCAGUUCCCCAAGUCCCCAUAUCCCUUCCCUGACCCAGUGCCCCCUUCCCCUCUCAUUUGGUGGAGCUCAGGCUGGGCCUGCUUCUCACCCCUGGGCUAAGGGGAUGGCAGUGCCAUGGGCAGGAUGCUCUGCUCCCCUGUGUGCUGCUCCCCAUCCCGCAGCUACCAGGGAAAACAGCAGGGCUCUCCCCAUGGGCUUGGAGCUCCUCAUCCCCUCCCUCUCUGCUUGCCACCUUGAGCUGCUGGGUGCUCUUCUCCGUCCAUCCCCAUUCCCUACGUGAGGCUCCCGUUUGGCAGCUGUGGUAGUGCUGGGGGCAAGGGCAUCCCCAGGGCUCGCCGCUUUCUGAAUUGAAUUAUUUUUUCAAGAAUAAACAUUGCACAGCUGUUGA